AAUGGACAAUUUACGUAAGCGCUUCUUGAAAGGAUUUACAUACAGUAUAAACGAUCCCAGAUCUCCCAGCCUUAAUCGAACACCACUGGUACUAGAAGAUUCCAAUGAAAGGUCAUUGAAUCUAGAUGAUACAUUUGCAGAUUUACUAGUGGGGCCAAGUGUUCCCAACUAUGAGAUUGCUGAUUCAAAUGUCUUCGACAAUGUAAAUAUGACUGAGGAAAAACAAACGAUUUUAAAAUUACCAACAACUCCCGUGGCAGUACAACAACAAUUCGAUCCCCGUUCGCCUUCUAUAGGAGUGGACCGAACACCGAUUAUAUUCAGUGAUGAUAAUGAAACAAAUGAAGAUGUUGUACUUGAGAACAUUCUAUCGACACUGACGCUUAACAUGGAUGAAAGCGGUAGUGUAGUGUCUCUAAAAACUACCGAAGUGACUAAAACUGAAGACAGAUAUGAGGUUGUGCUAAGACCUACCAAUAAACAACUGGAUCGUGUUAGGAUUGGUAAGAGAGCCAUAGCAAAAGGUCAACAGAAAAGGCAGAAACAGAGACUUCGUCAAAAAAUCUACGAAGAUUGUGAAAAUCAGCCAUCGACUCCGAAACUAAAGGUUUCCCAGGGCAGCGCAAACGUUUUCAAAACGGGCCAGAGGACGCCUUUGAGUUGUGUUCGAAAUAGUUCUCAAUUACGGUCUCGCUCCGUAGAUUCAGCUGGGAAAACAAAUAAACAUCCCAUGGCUAUUAUGAGCUAUGACGAUGCCCUAAUUCCAAAUGAACGUUUUAAAAUCUCCAAUGUUAUGUAA